AUGGCUUACCAACAUGCAUCAAGUAACGAGACGAGCCCGGGAAGAUCAGGUCUGUUCAAAAAUAACUACUCUUUAUUAGACAACAGCCCCAGCAUCUUCUCUAGGAUAAAUGAUGCAAACUUAGGGAUGAUGGAUUUGAAAGAUUCCAAUCACUUACACAGCCGAUAUAUUUCAUCAAGCUCACCGACAAAAGAAGCUAAAAUCAAUGAUAAUUAUCUUCACAUCGAUGAUGCAUUCUUGACUUCCGAAGCCGAUUUCCAACAUAAUCAGCAUAAGUACCCUUUGGUUCUUGAUCCUGAUCAGCUCGAACAAAACUACGUACCAUCAUCAUCUACAAGACAUUCUUUGAUGGCCAGUCACAAUACCCAAUAUAGCUUGGAGGAACUUCAAUAUAGCCCAGCGAAUUCGAGUAGUCAGCCAAAGAAAGAAGAUUACCACGGAUUAACGCAUAAGCAGAGCGAGAGGAGCCAAGGGUCAAAAGAAGCUACUUCAACCAAUAAAACUAAAACUAUCCCAAUCGCAAAGCUGCAAAAGAACAACACAAUCAGGAGAAAAUUAAGAAAGCGGAUCUCAACCAAAGAUCUAGAAGAUGACGCACCCGAACCACCGCCAAAACGGGUUAAGCGAACUCAAACUAUACCUUCCAAUGUGUCCUUGCAAAAUCCUACGAAGAAAAAGCAAUGUCCACGGUCAAGAAAUGGUUGUUGGACAUGUAGAGUUCGCCAUAAAGCAUGUCCAGAACAGAGACCCGUUUGCCAGACUUGUGCAAGACUCAGCUUGCAUUGUGAUUAUUCGGAUCUUAGACCCGCUUAUAUGACUGAUGGACGCUUGCUAAAUGAGAAAUUGAAAGAAAUAAGGGCCAUAACCAGUAAGAUUAAAAGAGGUGUUAGAAACCAGGAACCAAACAAAGAAAGAUUCUAG